AAAACAGGCCACUUGUCAUAUUUCCUAAUUAAGUAUCUAAUUAAGAUGGAGAAUGAAGAAAUAGUUCGUAAGACAUCGAAAUAUCAUUCAAGUGUUUGGGGCGAUUAUUUCAUCCAACAUAUUUCUCCUACUCUAGAUACUGCCAAGGAAUCAAGUGUGAAAAGGGCGGAGGAGCUGAAGGAGCAAAUAAAGAAGUUGUUUCAAGAAACCAGUGAUGUAUCAGAGCUUAUGAAUUUAGUCGACUCGAUUCAGUUGCUCGGAUUGGAUUAUCACUAUGAGAAAGAAAUAAAUGUUGCACUUAGUUUAAUCUCUGCAGCAGAUGCUAAGAACUUUGGGCUUUAUGAAACUUCUCUUCGAUUUCGAUUACUUAGGCAAUAUGGAUUCUAUUUGCCUGCAGAUGUUUUUAACCGGUUCAAAGAUGAGGAAGGGAACUUCAGAUCAACAUUGAAUGAAGAUGUAAAGGGAUUAUUAAGCUUAUACAAUGCAGCUUACCUUAGGAUACACGGGGAGAAUAUACUUGAUGAAGCCAUUUCAUUUACAAAGAAGCGACUUGUAUCAUUGUUGGGCAAACUUGAACAACCUUUACUGAUAUUGGUGUCGCUUUUCCUUGAGACACCACUAUGUCGAAGAAAUAGAAGACUCUUGACAAGAAAAUAUAUACCCAUUUAUCAAGUGGAUAAGAGUCGAAAUGAUGCAAUAUUAGAGUUAGCAAAGUUGGACUUCAAUCUAUUGCAAUCUCUUCAUCAAGAGGAACUAAAGAAAAUUUCAAUAUGGUGGAAUGAUUUAGCACUUGCUAAGUCUCUUACUUUUACUCGUGAUCGAGUGGUGGAAUGCUAUUAUUGGAUUCUUACUGUGUAUUUUGAGCCUCAAUAUUCUCGUGCAAGAUUGAUUUCAACCAUGGUCAUCUCAUGUCUAUCACUUAUGGAUGACAUAUAUGAUAAUUAUAGCAUACUGGAAGAGAGCCAAUUAUUAACUGAGGCAAUUCAAAGGUGGGAACCUCAAGCCGUUGAUCAAGUACCAGAAUACUUAAAGGAUUUCUACCUUAAGCUACUGAAGACGUUUAGGGAAAUUGAAAAUGAACUAGAAAGUGAUGAAAAAUACCGCAUAUCAUUUCUUCAAGAUAUGAUAAAAGCUUUAUCAAGAUCUUUCUUUACAGAAGCCAAGUGGGGAAUUGAAAAAUAUGUGCCGACACUAGAGGAACAUUUAAGUAUCUCACUAAUCACCACUGGAUAUCCUGUGCUUAUAUGUGCCUCUUACAUAGGCAUGGGUCUAGUGGCAACAAAAGAAGCUUUUGAGUGGGUUGCUAGUUUUCCCAAAACCAUUAAAGCUAGUAGUUUAAUUUGUAGGCUCAUGGAUGAUCUAAAUCCAAGUGAGCUUGAGCAAGAGAGAGACCUUGCAGCUUCCACAAUAGAAUGUUUUAUGAAACAGUAUGGCAUGGAUGAAAAAGAGACAUACAAGAAACUAAUGGAUAUGCUGGAGGAUGCAUGGAAGGAUCAUAACAAUGAAUACCUCAAUUCAACACUAGUACCUCGACUUUUAAUUGAAAGAGCAAUGAACUUUUCAAGAGCAAUGGAAGAAUUUUAUAAAUACACCGACACAUACAGUAGUUCCAAAACUAUGAUGAAAGAUAAUAUAUCUAUGGUGUUGGUUGAAUCUGUUCCUAUUUAAGAGAGUCACACCCUUUCUAGCUAGUGGCUGAAAUAAAAGUCAACCAACAUUCGCAAUAUGAGGCUACUCUAUCUAUUUAAAUAAAGUGAUCAAACUCGAGUUGGAUGAUCAAUAAUGUGUUAUUGAAAUAUAUGAGGUAUAUUUCCUAUUUAAUAAAAUAAUUGUGUGCUUGGUUA